GAAGAGGACAUGCCAUCAGCCCGGGUUUUGGUCCUGGUUGCCUGCUUCUGGCUCCUCCUGGUCCCGGUGAGGUGCUGUGGUCCUGGCCGGGGUCCAGUGGGCCGGCGCCCGUACCGGCGGAAGCUCGUGCCCCUCCGCUACAAACAGUUCGUGCCCAACGUGCCGGAGAAGAUGCUGGGGGCCAGCGGCAAGACGGAGGGCAAAAUCCGGCGCGAUUCGGAGCGGUUCCGGGAGCUGGUUCUGAACUACAACCCGGACAUCAUCUUCAAGGAUGAGGAGAACACCAGUGCGGACCGAGUCAUGACUGAGCGCUGCAAGGACAGAGUGAAUGCAUUGGCUAUCUCUGUGAUGAACAUGUGGCCAGGUGUGAGGUUGCGGGUUACUGAAGGAUGGGAUGAGGAUGGCCACCAUUCCCAUGAUUCCCUGCAUUAUGAAGGACGUGCGCUUGACAUCACAACCUCAGACAGAGACAAAAGCAAAUAUGGCAUGUUGGCCCGCCUUGCAGUUGAAGCUGGCUUUGACUGGGUGUAUUAUGAGUCAAAAGCACACAUUCAUGUGUCUGUGAAAGCAGACAAUUCCUUAGCAGUCCGUUCUGGGGGCUGUUUUCCUGGCACUGCCAUGGUUGACCUAGCUGGUGGUGAAAGAAAACCUCUUUCCAAGCUUCAGCUUGGUGAUAGGAUCCUCACUACUGAUGAGACUGGACAAGUGACAACCACAGAAGUCUUGUUAUUUUUGCACAGAGACCUGGAUAAACUGGCCACCUUUGUUGUUAUUGAAGCUGAAGGACAUCCUUAUAGGCUACAGCUGACACCAAACCAUCUACUUUUUGUAAGCAAAACCCCACUGGCAGCUUUCCUGCCUGUUUAUGCCCAUCAUGUGCAAGUGGGAGACUUUGUUCAAAUUUACAUCAAUGGCACUCAGAUUCUACCGUCUAAAGUGGUAAGUGUGUCUAUACAAGAAGAAACUGGGGUUUUUGCUCCACUGACAGUCCAUGGUACACUACUGGUAGAUGGCAUUCUAGCAUCCUGCUAUGCAACUAUUGAAUGGCAUGACCUAGCACACAUAUCAUUUGCUCCUUUGAGAUUCCUUUACAACAUGUUCUCCAUAUUGCCACAAUUUGUAGACAGUGAUGGAAUUCAUUGGUACUGCCACUUCCUCUAUGUGCUGGCCAAGAAAGUUCUCAGAUGGGAAAUGCCAUGAAGUGCCAUAUGUUAGGUCAGUAAUUUGGAAAUGCUGCUGAAAUAGGGUCUUGUAGACCUACAGUGACUUCUAUCCGGUGCUUCCUGUAUGCUGCAGAAGCUCAACAAUCACAGCACAUACCCCAUGGCUCCAAAGGACCUCAAAUUCCAAAGUGCCUAUACCAUGAAAGCUGGUGAAUAAUGAUCAUGUUGUUCAGAUGGACCAGCAGCAUGUCAAAGGCUCCAUGAAAAUAGCUUAAGAAGCUGACAAUUCUUUGUGGAUAACUGGUAACGGUCAUGUGAGAAGAAUGAGAAAACUCAGAGGAUGGUCAAAAAGUAGAUGUUUGAUCAGUAGUGGAGGAGACCAGGUCUCAUUUUGCAAUUACACUUAAAGCUAAUCCAUCCAGACAUGUACAACUUGUUGCAGAUCACAUGGAUAUUCCAUGGUAGAAUCCAUGUAACUAGUGUUGAUUAGUAUACAGAUUUCAUAUGAGUCUCAAACUUUAUCUAGCCAAGUUUUAGGUUUUUGCAGCAUCAGCUUAACAGUAAGUACCAUGUAACUGGCCAUAGAUGGGCACUACUAAAGAGAUAACCAUCUACGUAGAAUGUCUUCCAUUUUUGACUGGAUUGGCAUAAUUUCAUGUAGUUAGCAUUUAUUCCAUCAGAUAUACAUGCAUACAUCUCCAAGUGUGCUCAGCUACAAACCGAAAUCUGUUGAGCCAGAAACAUAGGAGACAACAAAGGCCAUUGUGCACUGAUUAUUUAUUACAUUGAUUUCAGUUAAAGCUAUGAUCUUCCAGUAUUUGUCCUGAGUAAUGGAAGGUUCUCAUAGAACUUGUUUGAAUGCAGGAAUCCGGCUACACUGGGUGCUACAGGGCAAUAAAACACUAUGCUUUUUACUGAAAGGGUUCUCUGGGAAUGAUUGGCCACCAGCAACCCGUCCUAAAACGUGAGCAGGACUGGUUGCCUCCACUUGCAGAGCUUCCUAGGGGGUGAGGGGACAGAGCCUCACUAAACACUACAAUGCUCCACAACAGCAUGUAAUGAUGUGAUCCUGCCUAUGAUAUGCCAUCAUGGCUGAGCAGCCUGACAGGAACACUCACUAAUAUGUGUUAUAAGAAAGUGCUAGAGUGUAGUUUGUAGUGAGGCCCCAUCCCCUAACUCCUCUAGGCAGCUCUGCAAGUGAAAGGAACCAGUCAUGCUCACAUUCUCGGACAGGUUGCUGGUGGUCAUUUUAAAUCAUUCCCGGAAAACAUUUUUAAGAGCAGUCUACAGAAUAACAAUAUUAUUUAUGUUUGUACUCAGUGGCAGAGGUGAAUAUAUGAUUUAAUCAAAAUUGUUAUAAGGGAACUACACCCAUGAACAUACAUUUUUAACUUUGGCGUUUGUGGCAUCCUCUUUCACUGGUACACAUUCCUAAAUUAAAGGGGUUUUCCAGGAGUAGAAAAUUGAUGACCUGUCCUUAGGAUAGGACAUCAAUAACUGAUCGGUGUGUUCCAAUAUCUGGCACCGCCGCCACCUCUAAUCUCCAGUUUGAAAUGAAUCUUCGAGUAUGUGCUGCAACCUCUCCACAACAAACCAAGCACGGUGCCAUACAUUGUACAGUGACCAUGCUUGGUACUGCAGCUCAGGCCCAUUCACUUGAAUGGGACUGAGCAGCACAUGGCCCAUGUGACCUAUGAACGUUAAGUCAUCGGCCUAGGAAAAGGCUGCAGCACUAACCUGAGUGGAUUCUUCAAAUAGCUGAUUUGUGCCAGGAGUUGGACCACCACCAAUCAGAUUGGUAUUGAUGACCUAACUGAGCCAAUAUUCACCAAUAUUCACCAAUAUUCUACUCCAGGAAAGCCCCUUUUAAUAAGUGGUAGAGGAUUAUUUAAAAAAAAUGCAUAUUUUGCAAAAUAUAUUUUUUUAUUUCACUUUCCAUCAUAUCUUUAAAAAUCUUUCAUAUAUGAGUAGCUGUUGGAUACUGUUGUACCUCUCUAUAUAUUAAUAAUGUACGUUAUAUAACCUGCCAAUAGGAAUUGUGUAACGGAAAUGGCAACUUCUCUGAGCAUAUUUAUGGCUCAUAAAACUAGUUGUCAGUUUGUUUCAGCCCUAUUACCAUUGACUGUCAAAGUUAGGCAAUGUUCACAUCAUGUCUGGGCACUACAUUCAACGUGCAUAAGAACACCACCCAAUAUAUGCAACUAUAUUCUUAUAUAGCUGCAUAUAUUUAUCAUUGAGUCAUUUUAAAAUUGUGUAUGUGUGGUGUAUCUCUUUUUUGUAGAAGCCAUUUGCAUUGAAAAGAAUACCGUAAUUGAAAAGGUCAAUCAAGUAUGCUGACAUAUACCAACCAAAUGAAUGCCAAGAGGACAGUCUUUUGGCAUCAUAUAUUUUUGACUAAUGAUGGUCUAUGGCAGGGAUGGCCAACCUGCGGCCUUAAAGCUGUUGUAAAACUACAAUUCCCACCAUGCCCUGCUGUAGGCAGUCUUUGAGAGCCGCAGGUUGGCCAUCCCUGAUCUAUGGGCAUGUCAAAAGUGCUCUAUGGUAUACACUGGACCAAGACAUGCAUCACAAACAUGAUGUGAACAGAGCCUGGAAUUCUUUUGGAAUACUUUUUUAAGACUAGAAUUGUUCUAAAUGGACAUGGCUAUGGAUUUGAAUAGAUGUGAGCAUUUCAUGUCUAACUGGCAUUACCUAUGAAGUUGACCAUGAAAUAUUAGAUUUAAAGAGGUAGUAUAGUUUCAACAAAUUUUGAAAAACUGAGAGGAAUUAAUGCAGAAAAAAAAAAAUAUAUAUAUAUUACAUUAUAAUAUAUGAAGUUAUUUCAACCUACCAUUUUCAUACUAUCCCUGCAUCAGCACUCUGCUUGGCCCCCUGAGACAGCUCUACAUUACACUUGCUAUUACCUAUGCCAUCACAUUGGCAUACACACAUGGAUCCAGGCCAUCCAGUGAUGCUAGAGCAGUAUCAGAACACAGAAGUGAAUAUAUUAAAAAUGUUAUUAUUUAAAUCGUUUAAAGAGGACC